CGCGGGACAAGAUUUGAAGUGAAUCCGUGAAACGCCCACAGUGGAGACUAAACAAACCGUUUUAAGGGAGAGUUUAGCUAGCCAGCUUUCUCAAUGGAGGACACGGAGGAUCUGUCUGCUCGGGUCCUGCUGAGACACAUCUUCAACACCGAGCCCAGCAGGACUCCCAUGACCCGCAGUGUUUCCCAGAGGGUGAAUGGACCCAGCACUGCGACCCGACGCAGCAGCAGACUCUCCCAGAGAGAUGCCGCUCAGACCCCGCAGGCCAUCCUGAGGCGCAGCCUGAAGCACAGGUUAUCCCAGACCAUGACAAGAAAGUCAGUGCCUGCUCCUCAGAGGACUUCAGCUGCCGUGGCCAGAAAGGACCCGGUUUCCACUUCAGCGCUGCUUGCUGAUGGGGAGACUCCCAGGCACAUCCUCACGAACAUCCUGCAGACAGAGCCUGGGAAGUCCCCCAUGGCUCAUGGCGGGGGGCCAUCAGAGGAGCAAGAGCCACCUUCAGGUGCCUCCUCUGCUGGGACGUGUCCCAGUAUUGAGCUCUCCGCCCUGGAGCUUCCCGAUGUAACUAUUGACAACAUAAUAAGCACAUCGAAGGUGCUGAGCAGGAAGAGACCUCGUCGGAGCCUCAACGUGACUGCUUUUGAAAAACGACUCCGAGAUGCUGAAGAGAAAAGUGAAGAAUCACUAGAUGACCAGUUAUCACUGUCUUCCUCAAGUUCUACGUCUUUGAGUCUAAAAACGCCGUUCGCCGACCCUCAGACUGAGAGACGAGGCCUGCAGAGGAAAGUUUCACAACGGCGAAAGUUCUCAGUGGAAGAAUUCGGCGCUGCAGUGAAUAAACGGCAAAUGGGAGAUAUGAACAGUCUUGUGUCAGCAGAGCGGGAUCUCGGUGAAACUACCAACACUGAGGGCGUGACCUUGGGCCUAAGCAAGCUCAGUGAACCUGAUCUCACGAUGGACAUUGUGAACUGCAACACGGCGCUCUACCCUCAGCCCGACGCCACCACUUCUGACGCUUCCAUCGUUGCAACCCAGGACAAACCGACGGUCACGGCUUCCAGGCUGGAGCUCGACAUCGCGCAGGACAGCGUGAUGGAAGCUGAGCCAGAUGAAAACGCUCUGGAGGAUUUGUGUCCUGGAGGGGAGGAGGGAAUCCCUGAAAAGCAAAGUGACGGACGCGUUUCUCGGUCACCAGGCGGUGAUGAUAAAGCUCAGGAGGAGGAAGCAGAGGGAGCAGCUCGUGGUGAGCCAGAGGCUUAUUUUGAAUCGACGUCCGAAGAAAAAGGUGUUGCAGAUUCUCAGACUGAUGAAGCAGCCAAUCGGGUGGAAGAAGAGGAAGAAGCUGCUGAAGACGAUGUUGACGCAGGUUCUCAGUCUGAUGAGGAAAGGCUUGUAAAGGAUGUGCAAUCUGAAGAAAAGGAGGAAGCUGAUGAAGGUGCAGCCAGUUCCACAUCUCAGGAGGAUGCUAAGGAGGCAGAUCCUGAGACCGAGGAUGAUGGAGAUUUGCCUGAAGAUAAACUUGAUUCCCAGUCCCAAGAUAAUGUUGAAAUGGAGUCUCAGGAAGACGAGAAUGUGACUGAGCCUGCGGAGGAGGAGGAGGAGGACGGAGAGGCUGAUCAACACGAGCAUCGGUUUGAGGAAGAUGGGGCUCAGAUUGAAGAUGGUUUGGACGGAGAGGAUGAAGAGUGGAGGCAGCCCGCUGCAGAGCACAUCAGCCGACGGAGUCGUCACUCUCAGGCUGCGCUCGUUGUUCUUGAUACAGAAUCAGGCGAGGAUAUGAUCGACGGUGAAGCAGCAGUAGGACUUUCCUCCGCAGACUCCAAAGCACAUCCUGCCUCUGAUUUACAAAGCAACGUGGAGAUAGAAGUGCCGUCUGCGGAGAAUCCCGACCGGGCCGAGUCCCUAAAUCCAGAACAGAGUGAGCCUCGGUGUGCAGAUGAGCAGCCCGGCGCCCAGAACGAGAACUCCCUUCAUACCGGAGACGCCGGCGAGCAGCUGAGUGGCGUCUCACCUGAAGACGCUGGUCCUGAGGGCGCCGAUGAACAAGAAGAGUGGGAGGAAGAGGAGGAGGAGGACGACGACUAUGAUGAGUGUGAAGAUCUCCCGUCUGAGACGCCAGCAUUUGUCAAAGAGAAGAUAAACUUUUCUUACCCAGGUCCUUCAGCCUCACCUGCUCUGAAAAACCUUCAAACGACUGCCAGCGCUGCCAGUGAAGCCAAACCGAAGCAGGCGAGACAGAGGAGGAGGGGGCCAGCCAAGAAGAAAGGGACUCUUCCGAAAAGCUACCUGAUGAGCGUCUUCAGACACUUUGCUAAAACUAAAGUCUCCGGUGAGGUUUACCCCGUCCUCGAUGAAGUGGUGGAUUCAUUCUUUGAGCGCCUGGCAAGAGACCUGGAGACUUAUGCAGCCCACGCCGGGAGAAAAACCAUCGAGGUGGAGGACACUAUACUUCUGCUGAAAAGGCAGGGUUACGUGAACGACAAAGUGCCUGUGGAGGUCCUCAUCGAGAAGUAUCUCCGUCUGGAGCAGCGGGAGCUCCUGAUUCCCAUCGCAACCAGCGGGAAUGUGGUUAUUCCCAAAAGAAAAUGAACACCUGUAGGGUUUUGUCUCUCGGACUUCAUUUCUUUUUCUUUCAAAUUUUUCUAAACUUUAUGCUGCAUUUUGAUGUGAUAUUUGUAUAUAUAUAUUCUAUAUGCAUAUUUGUGUAAUGGUAGAAUGUUGAUUGUUUUUACAUGAUGGUAAAAGGCCUGAAACUUACCUUAUAUUUCUGUUUUUUUUAAAUGCCCAACAAACAAGAGGUAUAGUUUUCCCUGCAA